UUGUGUCAUUCCAUGUGUGCAUGGUAUACUUUUCUCUCUGUGUUGGUUCGAGGAAUAUUGUCACUCAUUUAAUACUGGGAUAAAAUGGAUGUUGUGGUGAUGAACACACGUGGCGUUUUUCGUUGAGUCUUUCCAUAUGCCCAUACGUACGAGUACAUGUACAUGUAGUCAUGUCUGUAGGACGGGUCGAUUUGGCAAAACUGACAUUGUGGCAGCGACAACUUGGACAUGUUGGACAAAUGAGAAAAGGGGAUUUUGCACCUUAUUUUUCUUUCUAAAGUUGACUGCCGCACGGAUUGCAGCUGUCUCUGAAUGGCAAUGCAGAUGAGAGAGCAGGAGCACGAUAGCACUAAUGUUUUCCCACAAUUCCGCCGAAGACCUCCUUCAAAUACAUGCAGUAUAGUACUGAGACUAUUAUCUUACCGGAACAUUUUGCCUGUCUACCUAUUACGAAGCCAGCCAGUUCUAGACUGCAGGACAUAGAUGCUCAAGUUUUCCUCUGCCUUUUUUGAUACUACUUAAAUUAUUUCCAUUGGGGGUGGGAGGUUUCUUUUCAGCUUUUUGCAGUGGUACUUGCACGUGGCCUUGGAUAGUGAAGCUGCAUAAUUUGGACACUAUUCAAAAGUGUUCUUUUUUGUGUGCCAUUUGGCACUGCGUGUUAGAUCUUUGGAUUGAGAGGGUUUUUUUUUUGGAGAGAGACAGCCAUGGCACAGUUGCGUUACACAAAGUACGUCGCUGUGUGUGGCACAGCACUGACUGCUGGAUUGGUGGGCCUUUAUUUGUACAAGCGGAGGGCGGCAAAGAAGGAAGAAGAGCGACGAGCUAAGGGAGAGCAAGAAAGUAAAGCUGAGGAAAACAUGGACUCUAACGAGUCAAAACCAGAGUCACAGAGUGAGAGGGACACUGCCCGGGACAUUGACCAGCAGGUGACUGUGCCUGAUGAUAGCGGGAUUGAUGUGGAAGAGGUGGUUAUGUUGAGGGAGAAGUCAUUGGACCAGGAAUUUCCCCAGACGGGGGACAAACAGCUCGCAGUAGUUGACGAGGUACAGGACAUGUUUGAACCCCUAGAUACAAUCGAGAGUGCACCAACAGAAAGCAGUUGCAAGGAAGAGGUGAUGCUGGUCGAGGAGCCAGUUAUGCAGUCAGCACAGAUGCCGGUGGAGUCUUUGCUUCCACCAAGUAGUAGUACCUUGGAAAGCAGUCCUCGAGGGUACUCGGAGGCUGGUAGUGAGGGUUCUUUGACCCUGGAUUGGGCCACUGCCGUGGAUCAGGUUGAUGAGAUGCACAAGGAAGAGUCCUUGGUGUCGCCAACUACAAGCUUGCAGAGUCAUCCUGAGGGUUCUGUAGCUGGCUCGGAUCUGAGCACAGAGACCAACAGUGACAGUUCUUCCUUGGACAGUGGCAGAUGCACAGGUUCAACCACCAGCACUGGUACCCUGCAGCAUCCCCAGCCAGCUGUGCGGGAGAUGCCGACCGUCUACCAGUUUGAGUUCCCAGCCAAGGAGUGUGGGCGGCUCAUUGGGAAAGCGGGUAAGAACAUCAAGGGGAUCCGCAGCAGAUCAGGUGCCAAAGUGACUCUACGUGACUGGCCCGAUGAAAAGACCAAGCAAAUCUGUGUCAUUGAAGGCUUUCAGAGUGAGAUUGAUGCAGCAUUGGCGGACAUCCAGAACAAGUUCCCUUUGGUGGACACCAGCAAACAGUACAUCGAGAUGGAGCAGGUCACGGUGCCUGCAGCUACAGUACCAGAAAUGUCGCAGAUUCAUCUGCACGAGGAGAUUGUCAACGACGUCAUCGUCUCCAGUGUAGUCUCGGCGGGGCACGUCUUUGUCCAGCAGCCCACCCACCCCACCUACAUGGCCCUGACUAGGCUCAACACCUUCAUGAAUAACUGCUAUAGUCAGAUGGAUAUGACCCCGCCCCUUCCAAGGCCCAUUGAAGUUGGUGUAAUCUGCGCUGCUCCCAUGAUGCAAGGCUGGUAUCGUGCCCAGAUAGUAGACAUCUUUCCUGACACGGAUGAGGUGGAUCUCAAGUUCCUGGACUUCGGUGGCUAUGCUCGGAUUGAGAGCUACGUCCUGAAGCAGAUCCGGACGGACUUCAUGUCGCUACCCUUCCAAGCCAAUGAGUGCUAUCUGUCCAACAUUGCUCCUUUGGCUGGAGAAGAAGACUUCUCUGAGGUAGCGAGGCUGUUUGUGGAGCAGGUUGCCCAGAACUUCAACAUCUUACAAGCUCAGGUCACAGGCUACUGUGAAGAUGGAAUGCCAUUCAUUGAGCUUUUCUACACAGAUAGUGAGAGGAAGGUUCAGUCUCUGAACAAGGAGUUGGUCAACCAGGGGCUGGUUACGUGGUACGAGGAGGGCAUGGAGGAAUCACUGACUGACACCAGCCUGCUGUCAGAGGUAGAGCCAACUUCCCAGUAAAGAUCAGCUUGGUAGAACAGUAACCACAAUGAGGGCCGGUGUGAGGAUCAGAAUCCACUUGUUAUUGCCUUGGCUCAUACAAGCCAAGGGAACAUCUCAAAGAGUUAACCAUUACCGACACAUUUAAGUUUGUGGAAUGUGAAUGUAGUACAUUAAGUGUUGAAAUACAUUGAUUCGUGCAUCACCUUACCCAGACACAUCACUCAUAUCUGUCUCUUUGAAGUUACAGAAUUGGACUUUAAGUAUCUUGACAUUAGAAUCUAGCGUACAGUUCCUGUGCAUCUUUCUGCUCAAGGGUUCAAACUCCUAACCACAUUCUGAUAAACUAAGAUCUCAUUUUUGGUUAUUGCUUUAAACGUAACAAGUCUGCAUAUCUUUUGUGAGCAAGGCCUAUCUGCCUCAGAUUCUUUAAUUUCCCUCCCCCCAAGUUAGGUUUUUGUUGUGCCAUAUAAUUCAAAAGCAUUUCUGUGACUUGAAAAUUUGUCAGUGAUGUAGAAGUAAAGUUAUCAAAAGUGCAGCUUUGUUCAAAAGAAAUUAGAUUUAGGUAAUUUUUCAAUUUAGUGAUGUGUAAAUAAAAUAUCACAACUUCCAGUCAACAGCUUUUUUGUAAAUACUCUUUGUUAACCUCUUUUGCCAUUUUUUUCAAAAAUUCAAACGGUGGUUGGUUUAUCCAGGAAGUCUGUUGUGGCUGUUUAAGUAUUAGUUUCUCUUGAUUUGGGAUAAUUGCGUGUUACAUGUGUAGUCUAAGAAAAAAAAGUUCUCAUUCAGUAGACAUCCUUUGAAUACAUUUCAAUUGCAGUAAUUGGAAAAGACAGAAGAAAACACACAUACUGUUUACUGGAAAGAAAGUGCCUCAUAACAUUGGUUAGCAUCUGAAUUCUUGAGACACUGAAACUUCUUUUGCUGUUCAUCUUGAGAGGGCGUUACCGGACAUUAGGGCUAUCUGUUGCCUCUUACAAUAACGACUGAAGAAUACCCCGUUUGUGAAAUCUACACACUCUGCAUAAUCAAAAUUGAGUGUUGUUGACAUGAAGAGAAAGGUUGUCUUGCCUUACCACACUGACGGCUAUUUUAUGUUUCAAUUAUGUAGUUAGAAAUGUUACAUAAAAGAGCUGUUUAUUUUCCCCAGCUUUUAUUUUCCCUUUUAAAGGUUGAAGUAUUCAGUGUGGGGAUAGGCACCGUUAAAACCAAGGCAAGAGAGUAAUUAGAAGACUGGUAGAUUUUUUUUCGGAGAUAGCACAAAUGCAGCUAGAAGCGUGAUGUAAGGUUCAGUCCUAGGACUUGGCCUAAUGCCGUGGCAGUCCUGUUUGUUUUCAAGGAAUUGGAGGAAGAAAUCGUAUACCUAAUGGGUGUUUAUAGAACCUUGGCUUCAGUGGAGUUUUUGGUUAUUAGAAGCCUGUUAUUGUUAAAAUCGCGCAAGUCAGACAUGUAGAUGUACUUUAUAUGAAGGCAUUUGAUGUACUGGUGACAGAAAAAGCAAGGUGCUCGUAUCAUAAAGCUUGAACCUUGAAACUUCAGUGGAGGAAAAGGUUUUGUAAACUCUCAAAUAUUUGUAUUUGCUUAAGUAGAGGAAAUUGCGAAGUGUGACGGUGCCAGACUUAAUGCUGCUUAGAAUUACUAAAAUGUGUCUUCAAUUCGGUGAAUCCCCGAGUAAAUUUUUGAUACACCAAAUUCCUUUUGAUCAAGAGUGCUGCUGGAAUGUACUUUUUGGCACACAGAGGACGGUAUGGAGAAUAAGCCAUAUAGGUGAAGUCUUGAUUGAAUUUCACAAUUUUUACUGUCCCUGAAAACUUCCAAACUGUCUUUGUAAACUUCAAUUCAGCCAUGGCAAAAUACUUUGGUUUCAAAGUAUUUUUCCAUCAUGUUUCCCCAACAAACUAUGAAGAAUGAAAUAUUGUUGGCAGAAUGUCGUAACUGAUCCUCUGCAUGUACAAAUGUAGAAGUGAUAUUUAAGGGGGGGCAUUUACCUCCAUAUAAUUUAGUAUUUUAUUUUUCAAAGAAUGGAAUCAGCCGGUUUCAUGUGGUGAUCAUGUUUGUAAAAAAAUCGAUGCCCCUUUUUGCAAGGGUACUAAACUUGUAAUAAAAUUUAGUGUUGGACACUAAAUGAAAAAAAGUAUGUCAGAGAAUAAUCCCCAGAUACGGAACUUCUGAUGCGCCAGCCAGCACUUAGAACGAUUAAUGAUUGAAUGCAACACUAGAUAGAGCCAUGUGUUACAGUAUGUACCAGGUUUAUUUCUGUAUAAAUCUUCAAUAAAUGCAAGUGGCUUCAAUAGCAAAGGGAGGAUUA